CUCUCUGCGCAUAGAUUGAGCAGUCAUGGAGGUACUUAAUGGAACUGAUAUUCCAGUUAUCGACCUCUCUCUCUUUCCCGGCUCACAAAAUGUUGAUAUAAAACAGCUGGAAAGUGAGGAGUUUAAUAAGCUCAGGAAGGCUUGCCAGGAGUUGGGUUUCUUCUUGGUGAUUAACCAUGGAAUUAAUCCAACUCUUGUUCAGGCAGUAGAGGGAAGGAUUAGAGAUAUGUUUGCACUGCCUGCUGAAAUCAAGAACAGAGCUAUUUUCCCUAUUUUCAACGCUGGGUAUGGUCCAUUUGAAGUACAUGAUGUCACAAAAGACACCACGCCUGAGAACAUGGUAUUUCCAUGGGAUCACCUGCUUCCUAACUCAGUUGAAGAAAUCUCUGCUAGACUAUGGCCACAAGGAAACCCAGCAUUCUGCGAGGAGUUGAAUGCGUACAGAACUCAAGUGAGAGAACUUUCUCAUAGAAUUCUGAGGCUCCUUGUUUGGAGUCUGGGUGUGGACAUUUCAAGCCAGUCUGCAUCAGAACUGUUUGAGAAAUCGUAUGGAAAUCUUCGGAUGAAUUACUAUGACAAGAGCACUGAAAAGGAGAUGAUCUCCAAAGCUCACACAGACAUCUCGUGCAUCACAAUACUGUACCAGGAUGAUGUUGGAGGUCUCCAGAUUCGAACUAAGCAAGACAAAUGGAUAUAUACUAAGCCUGUGCCCGGAUCUUUUGUUAUUAACAUCGGUGACGUUUUACAGAUGUGGAGUAAUGGGAGGUAUCGCAGUGCUCAACAUCGUGUGGUGUAUGGAAAAUCAAACAAAAAUAGACUAUCAAUGGCUUAUUUUCAUGACUUUUUAGAUGAAUUUGAAAUCCGUUGUCCAAAAGAGAUGAUUGACAAACAUCAUCCACAAUUGUAUAAAGUAGUUGUGAAAGGAGAUAUUGUGGAAUAUUUGAAGAAAACAGGUCCAAAUUUGUAUAAUCCACUACACUUCAAAAUAUAGUAUUAGAAUAACUAGUAUAUAAAUAGAAUAAAUCCAUCUAAUAUCAUGUUUGGAACUUUAUAAUAUAUAAAGUUGUACUUU